AUGACUAAGUUAAUCCUCUCAACUGGGAACAUUGUCUCCGGCGGCCCCUCGAUCAUCCGCAAGCCUGGUGCAUCCCGCUCCAACCUCGAACUCACCAACUCGCUGCGCAGCAACUUUCUCGCUGCGCAGGAACACGCCGCCGAACAUGCGCACAACGGCAAUGGGACGCUGAGCGUGAACGGCAAGGUAAAUGGGGGCGCGAACGACAGCGCAUAUGGCAGCGCCGAAACCUUAGUUAGCGCCACUCACGCUGGCGGGCGUGUCCCUGUUUCCCUCUGGACAUCCGAACAAGACGGCGUCCUGUACGUACCCACGCUCAGCAACCACCACCAUGACGCCCGCCUACAAGAAGAACCCUCGCAGUACGACAUCACCGUCAAGCUUUUCUUCCUUUCCAACACGCCCGUGGCUCAACGAGCUCAGCACGCCCAAGAAGCCCUCUCACUUGUCCUCCGGUCGCUCGAUGCGCCGUCUGUCGAUCUCCUUAUUGUCUCGUUCCCAGGCAUGUCGUUUGAAGGCGACUGCGAGUGGGAAGCCGACCGCAAGAAUGCGGCGCAGGGCAAUGACAGUGACGAGUUGGGGACGUGGCCGGCGGUCGAGGCACUGCAUCGUGCCGGGCUGGCGAAGCGGCUCGGGUUGGCGGAGUAUGGAAGCGAGAAGCUGGCGCAUUUCUUGGAACAGGUCCAGGUGCGGCCCGCGGUGAACCAGAUCAAUAUCAAGAACUGCUGUAAUGUGCCACCACCGUUAGCCAAGCUGGCGAGCGAGCAAGGUAUCGAGUUGCUGGUGCAUAGUGACUGCACCGAUAUCCUGCCCAAGGGGACACUGAGGGAGCUGCUUGGUCAAGGGCCGGGCGGGGCGGGACUGCUGGCCGGACCCGAUGAGACGAACGAGGCCGGGCUUCGGGGGGAUCUUGCGCCGCAGUGGGUGAUCAAGUAUACGGCCGUUGUCCGGGACCGAGGUGUUAUUGAGAAUAAGGGGUAUUUUGCAGGGGCCCAGUUGGAAAACGAAUAA